UUCUUGAGUUCUUCUUCUGCCACCAAGGCACGGUGCUCUGCGCAUCCACCUGAUUGCUCGCUUCAUUGUUCUGCGCACCGAAAUCUGAACCCCCUUCCCCGUUCAGUGCAGAACCAAAUCCUCCUCUUGAGCUGGUUUUGGCUUGAUAAGCACCCUCCCAAGGCUGCUCAGACAUCAACAAGGAGAUACGCCCCAGAUCUUACUGCAAACACAAAUCAC